AUGACGAGCAAAAGCAUCUCGCGAAACUGUAGCGCGCGCUUGCGGUGGCGUGCACGGAAGUUGUUAACAGUAUGCGUUGGUGGCGUUUUACUGUUCUCUGGUGCAAGCGCUGUUGCAGCUGGGGUUUCAGGAAGGCCGGCUCCGAAAACUGACGGAAAUGCCAGACCUCCGAAUGUGGAGGGGCAAGUCGCCUCGUGCGCGUUGGCCGCGCCACCGGAACAGGAUGGAGAAAGCACACCCGCCACCAUUGUUAUUUCCGCAGGCAACCUGAGUGCCACGUUGAAUUGUGAUGGCGAGGGUAACGUCGUGGUACCGUCAAACUGCGAAGAGGUCUGUGAUGCAAAUGUAGACACAAUUGAGAACUGCAAGCAGCAGUCAAGCGAAGAGGCAAAACGGGUGAGCCUAGCAAGUCUGUUAGGCUCCAGUGUCGCCAUCAGAGCCAAAGUAACAGACCGCUCUUCCGAAGAUACGCCAAAGGGCGUGACGUGGACCCUGGAGCUUGAAGACUCACAGCUCCCUCUUUCAGAUAAGUCCUUCUCCGUCGGAUGCCAAAAAAAACAGGGCGAGACGAACUCCCAGUGCAAGUUGAAUGUAACCGUGAUGGCGCGAUCUUCUUCCGUCGACAGCAAUGCCGUCACCUGUGCCUACGGACCGCAAAGCAACGGCGCAACCCCUUUGACGGUGGAGAUGACAGAAGAGACCAACAAACUGGCAGUGGACUGUGGCAAUGAGGGAUCUUUUGCACCUCUCGGUUACACGCAGUUCUGCUCCCCAGAGAGCCAGGAGUUGAAGACCUGCCAGACGAAGGAGUUCUCCGAGAUUUUUCCAACGUUUGCCGACACAUGGUGGCAGAAGGCAGACCAAAUGAAGACUGUCGCUGAGCUCACGAUUCCGAAGACAGACUUCCCUUCUGAGGAGCGCCAGUUCCUGCUGGGUUGCGUUCCGAUGGCGGCAUCUCAAGAGAAUGAGGGAAAAGACACUGUGCGAGAGGCUGCUCGAGGAGCUCUUGCGGGGCUAUCGGAAUGCAAGGUUUUGGUGACUGUCAAGGCAGCGAGUUCGCUUUCGUCGUCGCCCUCCGCAUUUCAAAUGUUUGUCGUAUCAUGUGGAGUUGCGGUGUUAGCGGGAGUCUUCGGAGGCUCAUAUUAG